CGAAAUUAGGCGCGUUCAAAAUUAGAGCAGCUUCGGUUCCGCUCGGCUCUUUUCGUCUUCAUCAGUAUUCUUACCGUGUCCGCUGAGUUGAAACGAUUCUCAGGGACGGAGCCGCAAAGGAGGAGGGCAAGACUCCCGCAUCAUCGCGCCCGCUCUUUCCCUCACCAGCACCGCGGACUAUCGAGAGCCUCUGCGCUUUAACUGUGGUUAUUUUUUAACAUGUGUCGACUCUAUAUGGUUCCCGCUGUUUUGUGAACAGUGUGUGUUUGGUGGAUGUGGUCGCAUGGAUAAGCAGAAGACGAUGAUUUUGUCGGGUCUCCUCUUCUCUGCGUUAUGGGGACUGGCGCUCGGCGGAUCUCCGAGCGUCCAAAUCGGCGGCCUGUUCCCCAGAGGAGCAGACCAAGAGUACAGCGCGUUUCGGAUCGGAAUGGUUCAGUUCGGCACGGCCGAAUUCCGCCUCACUCCUCACAUUGAUAACCUGGAGGUGGCUAACAGCUUCGCCAUAACAAAUUGCUUUUGCUCACAGUUUUCCAGAGGAGUGUAUGCAAUCUUUGGCUUCUACGACAAAAAGUCAGUGAACACCAUCACGUCGUUCUGCGAGACGCUGCAUGUGUCCUUCAUCACGCCCAGUUUUCCAGCUGACGGACUCAACCAGUUUGUUCUGCAGAUGAGACCUGAUAUCAAAGGCCCUCUCAUCAGCCUGGUGGAGUAUUACAAGUGGGAGAAGUUUGCCUAUCUGUAUGACAGCGACAGAGGUCUGUCUACCCUGCAGGCAGUGCUGGACACAGCAGCAGAGAGGAAAUGGCAGGUAACAGCCAUAAACGUUGGAAACCUGAAGGAUGAGUGGAAAGACGAGGCAUAUCGCUCCCUCUUUCAGGACCUGGAGAACAAGAAAGAGCGGAGAGUCAUCCUAGACUGUGAACAGGACAAAGUCAAGGACAUUAUGGAGCAGGUCAUUACGAUCGGUCGACAUGUGAAAGGAUAUCACUACAUCAUUGCAAAUUUUGGCUUUGUGGAUGGAGAUUUGUCCAAGAUUCAGUAUGGAGGAGCGAAUGUAUCUGGAUUCCAGGUAGUGGAUUUUGAUGAUCCGCUUGUUGCUAAAUUUGAUCAGCGCUGGGAAGCACUGGAGGAGAAAGAGUACCCUGGAGCAGACAGCAGAAUCAGGUACACUUCCGCUCUCACAUAUGAUGCUGUGCAAGUAAUGACAGAGGCAUUCCGCUUUCUGCAUAAACAAAGGAUCGACAUCAGUCGCCGUGGCAACAACGGAGACUGCCUGGCCAAUCCUGCGGUGCCGUGGGCUCAGGGGGUGGAAAUAGAGCGUGCUCUCAAACAGGUGCGUGUGGAUGGAUUGACAGGAAAUAUUCAAUUCGAUCAGUACGGCAGAAGAGUGAAUUACACAGUCAAUGUCAUGGAGCUGAAAAACAGUGGCCCUGUGAAGAUUGGUUACUGGAAUGAGGUGGACAAAAUGGCCGUGACAAAAUCUGACCUUUUCCCCAAUGACACCAUGGGAAUGGAGAAUAAAACGGUUGUUGUGACAACAAUCCUGGAGGCACCGUAUGUAAUGCUGAAAAAGAAUGCAGAGUUAUUCACUGAUAAUGAACGUUAUGAAGGAUACUGUGUGGACCUGGCCGCUGAGAUUGCUAAGCAUUGUGGGUUUAAGUAUCAGCUGAGGAUUGUAGCAGAUGGAAAGUAUGGAGCACGAGAUGCUGAGACCAAGAUCUGGAAUGGCAUGGUUGGGGAACUGGUGUAUGGGAAAGCUGACAUAGCAGUAGCUCCUCUCACCAUCACUCUGGUCAGAGAGGAGGUGAUCGACUUCUCGAAACCUUUCAUGAGUCUGGGCAUAUCCAUUAUGAUCAAGAAACCACAGAAAUCCAAGCCGGGUGUCUUCUCCUUCCUGGACCCAUUGGCCUACGAGAUCUGGAUGUGCAUUGUAUUCGCCUACAUCGGAGUUAGCGUUGUGCUCUUUCUUGUUAGCCGCUUCAGCCCUUACGAGUGGCACACUGAAGAGUUUGAGGAUGGGCAGCUGGGCCCUAGCGAAUCUACCAACGAAUUUGGCAUCUUUAAUAGUCUGUGGUUUUCUCUGGGCGCUUUUAUGCAGCAGGGAUGCGAUAUUUCGCCAAGGUCUUUGUCUGGCCGUAUAGUUGGAGGUGUGUGGUGGUUUUUCACCCUCAUCAUCAUCUCGUCCUACACGGCUAACCUGGCUGCAUUUCUUACUGUGGAGAGGAUGGUGUCACCUAUCGAGAGUGCAGAAGACUUGGCCAAACAGACCGAGAUUGCCUAUGGGACAUUGGACGCAGGCUCCACCAAAGAAUUCUUUAGGAGAUCCAAGAUUGCUCUCUUUGACAAGAUGUGGCAGUACAUGAAGAGCGCAGAACCUUCUGUGUUUGUUAAAAACACUGUGGAAGGCGUUUUGCGUGUCCGAAAAUCCAAAGGCAAAUAUGCCUACCUUCUGGAGUCCACUAUGAAUGAGUACAUCGAGCAGCGCAAGCCCUGUGACACCAUGAAGGUCGGAGGGAACCUUGACUCUAAAGGCUACGGCAUCGCUACACCCAAGGGAUCUGCUUUAAGAAACGCGGUAAACCUUGCAGUGCUAAAACUGAACGAGCAGGGGCUUCUGGAUAAAUUGAAAAACAAAUGGUGGUACGACAAAGGAGAGUGCGGCAGCGGAGGCGGGGAGUCAAAGGAGAAGACUAGCGCCCUCAGCCUGAGUAACGUUGCGGGCGUCUUCUACAUCCUGGUGGGCGGCCUCGGGUUGGCCAUGCUGGUCGCUCUGGUGGAGUUCUGCUACAAGUCUCGCGCGGAGGCCAAACGCAUGAAGGUUGCCAAGACUCAGGCUCUAAAUCCCUCCUCUUCCUCGCAGAAUUCUCAGAAUUUUGCUACUUAUAAGGAAGGGUACAACAUGACGUUCACAGAUGCUAUGCGCAGUAAGGCCAGGUUGUCUAUAACGGGCAGUACAGGGGAGAACGGGCGAGUGCUGACUCCAGACUUCUCUAAAGCCGUCCAUGCUGUGCCGUACCUGAGACCUGGCAUGGCAAUGCCUCUGAGUGUGAGCGAGCUGUCCUGAGUGCCUUACAUACACACACAGACACACACACACACACACACACUGGUGCAAGCAUGCUGUACCCCCACUUUCACACACAAAUCCACAAACGUGUACAUAUUCUUACACACAUAGACACUAUGAUAAUAGUUAAUUAUUCCAUAUAAAAUGAAUCACACACAGGAUGUCAGAUCCAUAUGUUUACUGUUCAGUGCAAUCAUAUUUUGACCAACAGUCAUGUGUACAAGUAACAUUUGCAAAAACAUGCUGACAGACACAGAAAAGGUAUACAGGCACAUUGCUGUGUGUACAUAUGCAGACAACUUCACAAAAACUUUCUGUAGCCACACUUCUAUAAAGUUUCUUGUUGUGUACAUUUUGCAUAACUGCAUUUCCAAGUUCUCGUUUUGUCACACACUCGAAUACGCACAUAUAAUAUGACCUCAUUUUGCUUAUUUACUCACUCACACAAACACACUUGCCCCAUUGCUUCGGUUUUCAUCGACGUUUUUCACAUUGUAAGUGAUGACAUUGCAAUGCUGCACUGAGGAACAACGUUACACAUUGAAAAUAAUUCCUAUGGGAAAAGCUCGACAUCUGUUUCCAUAGCAACGUGUUUUUGGAAUCUCUGAUUCUCAAGAACUCAAGCACACGAAACAUCUGCAUCAAAUGUGAUUUUGUUUACUCAAUCUACGAUAUCUUAAAAAUGUUUGAAGAAUCAUUUCUUAUUAUAUGAGAUAUGUAUAAUAAAUUAUGUAUAUAAGUACACUUUUGUUCAUUAGAUGUUAAUGGUACCAUGCAAAUGCUUGACUUAAAGAAAAAACAAAAUGAUUUGAGUAGUUUUGUUUCUCCUCCUCAAUGGUUUGAUUUCUUGUGAUGUUCAUUUUUUUGGAUCACUGUGUUUGGAUCCGUUUUUCUUGCCUAUAUGGACGAUGCAAGCAGUAGUUUUAUAAUUGUCUUUUAAUUAAAAAAAGAAGAAAAAUUUAAAUAAUAUUUUACCUUCUGCAUUUCACCAGUUAGAUGAUAUAUUGAAAGUGUUAUAUUAAGAUGGAUCUGUAUAUGAAUAUAUGAACUUCAUAAUAUAUUACGAUAUCCCAAAAUGCCAAAUAUUGCAGUGUGCCAAAAUAUGUCAAGGCAUUUCAGAUGCAUUUAUUAAUAUUGUCUCUUUAUGGGGAAAUGUAAAGACUGAAAAUUAGCACCCUCUACUCAAGGGUUUGUUAUUUAUGUCAUCUUUGGCUUGUUUUGUUUGGUUUGGUUUUUUUCAUAUCAAAUGCAUUGUACUUUUAUUAAGGUGCACUACGAUAUGCAGUUUUAACUGUGAAAAGCAUGACAACCUUUAGUUAUGUUUGUUUUUAUAAAAGCGAUGAUUAAGUAUAUCACUGAUAUUAGUUAACUAGGAAUUUAAUUUUUGUAGUCCAGUUAUGAUCUGAAGACUAAGAGAUGGAGAUGAUUACAGAUAGUUAUAUUGAUAAUUAUAUUGAUAAAGUAUAAGCCAAUCACCCUUUUCUAUGCCAUGCUGUGUAACUGAAAUCUUGUUCAUUAGUUUUAUAUGUAUAUGUACUGUAAAUGUAAAUAGAAACCAUUCAUGUGUAUAACUUAAAAUCAUGGAUGAUACACCAAUACACACAGACGCACACAAAGAGGAUUGCUCAUAUUGUGCAUUUUGGGAGUACGCUUGGGAACCUGUGAGUGAAGAACCAAGCUGUCUCUCAUACAGUCACACAAAUGGACUCGUCAUCACUAGCAUCAUUUCAGUUGGAAAGUCUGCCAUGGGAUGAAAUGGAGGACAUUUUUCUAAAUGGAAUGUGGACUGAUUGCUUUAUUUUUUGGAAUCUUUUGGAAUAAACAGAGACUGAGAAUCCUCUGA